AUGGAGACCGGCAAACUCGGCAAGUGCGAUCCUUCACGAAUACGAGAUUUCCCAAUACAAGCAGGCUUCAAGAACCUCAACCUGAAAACCACUCCUUCAUCUGGGCACAAUACCUCUGCAUACACAAUCUCUUUGCAAACUCUCACUCUUGAGAUUCCUGGUCAGAGCAAUACCAGUAUCGCGACUGCAUACAUAUCCGCUUCUCUCUACGACCAUGGCCGUAACUCGGUCUUCUGGUGCAGCUUACUAGCUCUUGCAUGUGCUGGAGCUUACGUUAUCGACAAAGCCAAGCAUCACAUUGUCUUUCAGCUUCUUGCGCUGGACGAAGGUGCGAAAAAGGAUUUCUCAACCAGUGGUGCCGCAAACAACACAAUCUUUGGAAACUCUAGCACUGAUGGAAGCUAUACGCUCGAAAGCUGGACCUGUCAGAUCGCUCCGUUACUAUCGAGCUCCGCUGAUAUUACCACAUUCACGAAAACACAAGAAAUCUUGAUGCAGUCAUGCCGUGAUGCUCACAGCUCACGCUACCUCUUGCUCACCAUGCUGCCACUCACAAUUUUAAUGCUUCUGUCCAUCGCAAGACCUAAUUGGUUCACCCUCACGUUUGGAGCCGAGGAAAAGCCAGCCUGGACGACAGUACCACUGGAGGAGAACGACAAAGAGAUCGACAGCGAUGAUGAUGAUGAUGAUGAUGCCGACCCAAUGGCGGCUUAUGGAAACAACGCCAGAGAACAAUGGCAACUAGCCUGA